UUAGGUCAUAUAAUAGAAACAAAUAAAAGCUAUAUUACUAAGCAAACUAGUUUUUAUUUUUCGAAAACAAAUUGAAUAAAAUAAUAAAUUUAAAACUUUUAACCAGCUCUAUUAAAAUAGAGAAAACAAGUAGAACACUAAUAUUUUAUGUGAUAUGCAUCAACAAGUAUAAAAUAGACAAAUCAAACAAUUAUAUAUAUAUAACACAACUAAUAUUUAUUUAUUUUAUUGUAUUUUGAUAAUUUAAAAUGAUUAUACACUAUUUUGGUUGCUUAAGUAUGAAAGACAAAAGUUUAUAACUAGAGAUUGAUCUGCGUACCCGUGCAUGUAUUGGUUCUUAUAUUUUUAUACAUUGAUAUUUAUUUUUCAGAAAUAGUGUUAUAUUAUUUUAGAUGAGUCGUAAUAUAACUAAAUGUAUUCAAAAUAUCUGGACUAAAUCGGCUAAUAUGGUUAUUUUUUGGUACAAAUAUUUGAAUCCAUUUCAGAUACAUUUGUUUGAUAAUUUUAGGUUCCUAUACAUGACAACCGAACUCAUCCAGGCCUAGAAAGACCCAACUCAAAAUCCACACAUAAAUUUAUAAUAUUCAAGCAAGACCUAAUUAAAAAAAAAAAAUGAUACCCGCAAAGAACAAUCCAUACCUAAAUGGAUAGCCAAUAUUUAUGCCUAACUGAUUUUAUAAAUUAAUAAAAAUGCAUCUUUCUAUGUGUUUGGCUAAAUUAAGUAAAAUCGAAAGAAUUUUUAAUUUAGUAAAAUAAUUAUAUGGAGUGAGAAUUAAGUGACAAUUAAAGUAAUAUAUUUUUAUUAUUUUGAUUUAGGCUAUUAUUUUAUUCACAAAAAUAUGUCUUUUAAUUCUGUUUUGUCUACAUAAUUUUACACCGAUUAAAACUAAAAUAAAAAAAAGUUUUACUAAAACAAACUAAAGGAACGUUUAAACAUAUGCAAAACCCAGUUAUUUUCUAUUUUUGAUUUUAUAAUUGGUACAAAGUUAAUGUUGAUUAAAAUUAAUAAAUAAAAAUUUGCACUAUUAUUAUUAUGGUAGUAUAAUUAAUGAUGUGAUGUAUUGUUAAGAUAAUAUAAUUAAUAAAAAAUUUAAACUGAGUGAAAUAUGAAAAAAUAAUUAAUGUAAUUAUAUUAAUGAAAUUACUAAAAUGACACUAUACUUCUUUUUUUAUACUGGUAUCUAUGUUUCCAAACAAUUCUCAUUUAUACUGCAAUUCAUGUUUUCAAUGAGUACCAAAGGAUAUUUCAGUUUUAAUAAUAUAGAUGUAUUAUGGGCUUCUUUAUUCUAACUAUCAUAAAACUCUUAACCUUUAAGCAUUUCUUUUAUAUUUUCAUUAAUUGAGCUUAUAUAGAUGAAACUAGAAAAAUAUGUCCUUAAUUGUGUCUAGAAAAUUUGAUGCCAUAAGCCAAUGUUUCAAAAUCUGACAUUGAGGCACGUCUCUGAAGUCCAGUUAAUAAAUUGAACCUGUGAGAUCUUCCAUACAUCAUACUUGACAAGGUUUACACAAAGCCGGAUCAAGACACAAUCCAGUAAAACAUUGCCAUUAAUUUCUAAUUUUUCAAAAAUUAUAUAUAUAAAUAUAAUUCUCCAAAUUAUAUUUAAAAUAAUUUUGAUCAAAAGUUUUAUUAAAUGUUUAUGAUCUUAAAAUUUAAGAUCUGGCCCUCUUUAGACAAUUAAUGCAGGAAAAGCAAUGGAAACAUAAAUACUAUUUUGCCAUCCAUCGUCUCUCAAAUUUGGACUUUUUGAAGAUAAAUUUCAAUAGGAGUGGUCAAAAUUUUCAACCUCAACGUAUUCAUAUCAACCUCCCAUGGUGAAUUUCUUAUUUGAACGUUUAACUUCUGCAUGUAUACAUGUCGUUUUUACUGACAAGAAGCAAGUUCACGGUAUCUCGACUUAAUUGGAAUAACUCAUAAUCUAGAUUCAAUGUAUCUAAUAUUAUAUGUGGACAAAACAUACAGUCAAAAUUAGAUGCGUAUUUUAGUAGAUAUAGUCUUCUUUUGAAUGAUACGUUCAUCAACUACCUCAUAAAAUGGUUAAUAUUUUCUUGCUACAUUUAGUUUUAAUAGUUUCUAAUUUAUUCAAGACUCAAAUCUUUUUUGAGGGUUAUGCUCAACAACUUUGAAUGAUGAACAAAGUCUAGAUUCUCAGGAUUUAACUUAUAUUUCCUACUGCAAAACGAGGUCCCACGCAAAGAAGGAAAAGACUAGUCUGAUGUUCUUGGUCUGGAGUUUUCAGUAGAGCAUGUAAGUAAGGGGGUUCAAGAGUAGAUAUUAAAAAAGUUAUAGGGGGUGAUAAUCAAAGAGAUAACAAUUAUAAAGGAUGAAAUCACAAUAAAUUACUAUUUAUCCCCUAUUUCCCAUAAAGGAUUCAGGUACUAGGAGAAGUUGAUGCCAAUUUCACAUGCAAGUCUCUUUCCCUACGUCUCUUUGUGUACAUUCUUGUCAUCGUCUUUUUCAUGAAUACUUUUUUUUGUUGCAUUUCUUAUAUAUAUGUUCCUAAUUUAUAAUUAUCAAAUAAAUAUGCAUAUAUAUGGUUAUAAACUCAUUUGUUAUAAACUUCUAAUAUAUAAAGGAUCGGCGAUGUCUAAACUCUUGAGUUUUUUGUUCUUUCCAAAUGAUGUUCUCUCAGAUUAAAGAUAUCUAAGCAUCCAAGAUUUUGUAUUCCUUUGGAAAAAAGGGACUCAUGAAUUUAACUUGUGAACAUAAGUGGUAUAUUUAUAAAACAUCUUACAAUUAUAAAAGAAUACAUCAGUCUUUGCAAAAUUGACUUCAUAAACACAGCAAUCUACUAGCUAGUAAGUAGUAACAUAUUUGAUAGAACAAGGAUCAAAUUAGAACUUCAUUUUGGAUUUGUUGAACUUCAUUUUCAGUUUGUUCUAUUUAAGUAAAAUGUUGCAAAAGUAAAACCAAAACUUAGUACUUCGAGAGAGAAAACUAAGCUAAAACGAUAAAUACAAGUAAACCAACUCGGUUAUUGUUUUUUUUGUUGAGAAAACAGGGUUAUUGUUAUAGACUUGCUAAGGUCAAGUGGCAUUAUACACGUUGGUUUAAUGUAUCACUUUCUUAAAUAUGAAUAUAGAUGGAUAGAGAGAGGAGCAUCUUAGUUAAUUGAAAAUGCAGAAGGAUUUUUAAAAGGAGAGAGAAAGAUUACCAUUAAAAGAGAAUUUGCAAAAGAUGGUUCUGAUAUGAAACAGAGCCCAUCCCUCUCCUUUUCUCUUUUUUCAUGAAAGAUAAUGGAUGGUCCUCCUUCAAUGUCCUCAACUACUUACCACUUAUCUUUCUUUUUUUUCUUAUUAUUUAUUGAUUAAUUAGUUUCCAGUUCUUUAAAAUGAAACAAAUACACAUCUCACUUAUGGAUAUAUAUAUAUAUAUAUAUAUAUCAAUGUCUAUUUAUAUGCAUAUGUAUAGAGAAUAAAAGUGUGAGUUUCUAGGUUUGUUGAGGAUGCUUUUUCGACAAUAUUGCUAGAUAAAUUGGUCUGCUUACUGCUUUUCCGAUUUUCUUUUAUGUAUAAAUACAGUUCAGCUAACAAAAACGUGUAACCUUCUGUUUUCUGAAAGUGGGGUCUUAUACCUGCACAACAAUAUUCCUUCAAAUGAAACUCAGAAACCAAAACAGAAAUAACAAAAAUAAAGAGAGAUAUUUUUACAAGAACAACAUACUUUUUAGAAAAGCAGAAGCAGCAGUUAAGUGAUAUUGAGAUAAAUAAUAAUAUAUUAUCUCUUCAAAAGAGUUUCUCAUUAGUAACUUCUCCUUUGUGCUGAUCUAUCAUAUAAUCUUCAAAACCCAGAAUCAAUGGAGGAAGGUGGGAGUAGUCACGACGCAGAGAGUAACAAGAAGCUAGUGAGAGGGAAGAUAGAGAUAAAGAGGAUAGAGAACACGACAAGUCGUCAGGUAACUUUCUGCAAACGACGCAAUGGUCUUCUCAAGAAAGCUUAUGAGCUCUCUGUCUUGUGUGAUGCGGAAGUUGCACUUGUUGUCUUUUCCACUCGUGGCCGUCUCUAUGAGUACGCUAACAACAGUGUGAAGGGUACAAUUGAAAGGUACAAGAAAGCUUGUUCCGAUGCCGUCAACCCUCCUACUGUGACCGAAGCUAAUACUCAGUAUUAUCAGCAAGAAGCCUCUAAGCUUCGGAGGCAGAUUCGGGACAUUCAAAAUUCUAACAGGCAUAUUGUUGGAGAAUCACUUGGUUCCUUGAACUUCAAGGAACUCAAAAACCUAGAAGGAAGGCUUGAAAAAGGAAUAAACCGCGUCCGAUCCAAGAAGAAUGAGUUGUUAGUGGCAGAGCUUGAGUAUAUGCAGAAGAGGGAGAUAGAGUUGCAACAUGAUAACAUGUACCUGAGAGCUAAGAUAACACACUGCGCUAGGCUGGAUCCGGAACAACAGGAAUCGAGUGUGAUACAAGGAACUGCGGUUUAUGAAUCUGGUCUGUCUUCUCAUGAUCAGUCGCAGAAUUAUAACCGGAGCUAUAUUCCGGUGAACCUUCUUGAACCGAAUCAACAAUUCUCCGGUCAAGACCAACCUCCUCUUCAACUUGUUUAAGCUUUAACAUGAUGAAAACUUGUUUCUUCCACUCGAAACGAUCUAGAGAGCAGGAGUACAUAUAUUUAUGCGACUUCUUAUGCAUAGUUUAGGUUCCGAUGAUAAUAAAACAUAACUCUUGUUCCUAUUGCCUUUUUUAGUUUUGUCAAAAUAAAAAUGAUUUGACAAAACUUAACUUCAUUAUGGAAUUAUUCCAUUUUAUACUA